UGUGAGGACGCGCAGCUCGGAGCUUCAGUCCAGUCCAGUGUGUGUGCGUGUGUGUGUGUUCCUGACAUCUAAGCUGUGUGUGUGCGCGUGUGUGUGUGUUUAUUCACCUGCGCGGUGUGAGGAUUACUGAAGCAGCCUGAAACACACCUUUACACCUGAGAUACAUCGCCUUCCUUUCUGUCUCGGACCGACUCCGUGUUUCCUUUGGUUUUAUCGGAGCGUCACCGCAGCGCAUCUCCACACCUUCAUCAUCAUCAUCAUCAUCAUCAUCAUCAUCUUCAAGAGAUCAUGCUGGAGACCCGGAAGCUCGGCUGAACUGAGAGUCGGAGAGCGCGAGGAGCGAGUUAAGAAGGAGCCAAACAAGAAAAAGAAGUAGAAGUGAGAGACUGGAAAGAGGCGUUUGGUCGGAACAGAAAAGGCUGGAUGCCAGCAUCCAUCAGCUCCAGCAGCUGCCAGGUGCCUCAGACAUGGCCUCCAACUUCAACGACAUCGUCAAGCAGGGCUACGUCCGGAUGCGGAGCAGGAAGCUGGGGAUCUACCGCCGCUGCUGGCUCGUGUUUAAGAAGUCCUCCAGUAAAGGGCCACGCCGGUUGGAAAAGUACCCCGAUGAGAAAUCAGCCUACAUCAGAGUCUGUCCGAAGGUGACGGAGAUCAGUAACGUUAAAAACGUGACGAGACUGCCACGUGACACCAAGCGCCAGGCCGUGGCCAUCGUCUUCACUGACGACACGUCCCGCACCUUCACCUGCGAGUCGGAGCUGGAGGCUGAGGAGUGGUUUAAGACGCUGACCAUCGAGUGUUUGGGUACACGGUUAAACGACAUCAGUUUAGGAGAACCGGAUCUUCUGGCAGCUGGAGUUCAGUGUGAGCACACGGAACGUUUUAACGUGUUCCUGCUGCCAUGUCCCAACCUGGACAUCUACGGAGAGUGCAUGAUGCAGAUCACCCAUGAGAACAUCUACUUAUGGGACAUCCAUAAUCCUCGCACAAAGCUGGUCACAUGGCCGCUCUGCUCGCUGCGCCGUUACGGCCGGGACGCCACCCGCUUCACCUUCGAGGCCGGAAGGAUGUGUGACAGUGGUGAAGGCCUGUACACGUUCCAGACACGAGAAGGUGAGCAGAUCUACCAAAGGGUUCACUCUUCCACACUGGCCAUCGCCGAGCAGCACAAGAAGGUCCUCAUGGAGAUGGAAAAGAACAGCAGGCUGUUAUCCAAAGGCUCAGACCCAGACUCGUACCCCUGCACACCUACAGCCAUCCUGCCACGCAGCGCCUUCUGGCACCACAUCACAGGAUCACAGGGGGCCAUGGACUCGAGUAACGGUGAGAUGUUCACGGAGUCUCAGUCAGGAGCCGAAUCUGAACUGUUCUCCUCAGAGCACCACAAACAUCCAGCACACUUCUCCACUUAACUUGGACAGUGAGGAGCUUCACGAACUCACCUACAGGUUUUAGGCCUGAACCUUCCUCCACACUGUUCUCUAACCUCUUCACGUUUGCUUUCCCUACAUCGAGGGCAGAUCUGCGAUACCUCGGGGCCCGAGUCAA